CUCCUCUGCUUUUAUAUAAACAGAGCAUUUCCCCACUGCUUCACAGACAUAUGUCUGUAUCCUCAAUGGCUCAAAUUAGCUUAUUAAUUUCUCUACUAACACUUACAAUCCCCAAUCUCUUCAUUUCAGGAGUAAUUGCUUCAGCAACAUUUACAAUGGUGAACAAGUGCGAGUACACCGUUUGGCCGGGCAUUUUAUCAAACGCUGGUGUUGCGCCGCUACCGACUACCGGUUUCGUCCUCCGAGAGGGCGAGUCUAAGGCCGUCGACGCUCCGUCGUCCUGGGGCGGCCGGUUUUGGGGCCGUACCAUUUGCAGUGAGGAUUCGGAUGGGAAAUUCAGCUGCGUCACGGGCGAUUGCGGCUCGGGGAAGAUAGAGUGCGCCGGGGCGAACGCUGCGCCGCCGGCCACCCUGGCGGAGUUCACGCUCGACGGAGACGGUGGGAUGGACUUCUUCGACGUUAGCUUGGUGGAUGGGUACAACCUUCCGAUGCUAGUCGUGCCCCAAGGCGGCACCGGAGUCAACUGUACAACCACGGGAUGCGAGGUGGACUUAAACGACGAGUGCCCGUCGGAGCUGAAGGUGACGAGCACCACCGAUGGAGCGAGCGUAGCGUGUAAGAGCGCGUGUGGGGCGUUCGGACAAGACCAGUAUUGUUGCAGCGGCGCGUAUAGUACGCCUGACACCUGCAAGCCCUCGUCGUACUCGGAGUUGUUCAAGAAUGCCUGCCCAAACGCUUAUAGUUAUGCUUAUGAUGAUAAGACCAGCACCUUCACUUGUGCUGGUGCCGACUAUCAUAUCACGUUCUGCCCUUCGCCUAAUACAAGCAAAAAAUCAUCGGAGGGACAAGUCCCGCUGGCUUCAAAAUCACCGAUAGCCGACAGCACGAUGGUGUAUGAGGGUGCAGCAGCAUUGGAAGCGAGUGGUGCAUCACCACCAUCCACGUGUUGGUCUCAAGCGAUCGCCUAUGUUGUUGCUGCAAUGAUAGCGGCGACAUGGUGGUGGUUUUAAUUCUUCCAAUUAGUUCCCACCAUUACUAAGCUUUUUCCUUCCAUUUCAUCCGUUAGCUUCCAAACAAGAGAGAUAAUGUGCCAAUCCCUCUGAGAUUGCAAUCCUCAGCAGCAGCAACCUAUUCUCAGCCAUUCCAUAGGUUCCCAGAAUCAAACUCCUCACAAUCUCGGCAAACAUCCUAGGCAUCUCGGCCUCAUUGACUUCAACAUUCGUUGUCGUUCGUGCAGCUUAUCGUUCUUAUUGCAUAUUUGUGUGAGGUCUAUAUACUACAACGGAAGAGCCGCUGGGACAUUGCCAGAUAGCAUUGAUCAACUUUGUGGGAUUAGUUGGUGUUCUAGCCCUUUCGCUUCUAGGGGCCUCAUGACUCGGCCUGGACCCACGAGUGACGAGGAACCCAGUCGCAUUGAAAAUUAUGGGUGUUGGUGGGUACAAGAAAAUUGCAAAUGGGAAAUCACACACACCACAUGGAGAUUAUUUAUUUGGAGUGGGAAUACUUUUAUUGGAAAAGUGAAAUUAAUUAGGUUAUCUUGAAAGGAGGGGAUGAGAUUAUCAUUUUCUGAAAUAUAUGUAAACGCUACAUUCGGUGCCAAAAUUAUAGAGUGGGAAUUUUGUUAUUUU